CCUUUUCGGAAAUCCAAAGGAGAAAAAGACGCUCUGCUAUUAUAUACGUAUAUAUAUGUGAUGAAAUGCCCCAACGCAUGUGUAUAUCUUGUCUUCAUGUCGAUAUCUGAUUUACGUGGCAUAUGUGGUAAUUACACCCUUCCUCUCGUAAUUAUUGUCUAGCACUUUUCGACCAUGCAUCCUCGUAUAUCAGUUUUACGCCGUCUUUACCAGCACAGUCGUGCUAAGGACAUCAUUCGUUUAUGUAGGUCUGCUGAAAGGUACAAACGUGACCAACCCAAUCCUUGUCCUCAAGAAAUGGACAAGAACCACGCCUCUAAACUCGCUAUUACAAGAAUAACCACAAGAACUGUUACUCCAAUUUAUCAAUUACUAGUCACAGGCUCUACAGCCUACACGGCGUGUACAAUAGUUUUUUUUCUUUCAGUUUGGUUUAACACACCUGGUUUUUUCGGUGCCUUUUACCCCUUACAUGCCAUCAGACCCUUCGGAAUCCCCCCCACGGAUGCGGCGGUGGGCCUCUACCUUAUCCUGCUCAGUCACAUCGGCUUGGUCUUUGCGCAUGUCAGGGGUCCACUGUGAUUGACUGGGACUGUGUCCGAUAGACAUGCCUGCGCGGAUCGGGUUACGCGUAUAAGUUGCGAGCCAAUGCGAUCAACAGUUUUCACUGUUGAUUCUGUCGGGUGCUCCGAUGGCAGCGUACAUAUGCUUCUUGUGGAGGGGACAGACUUACUAAAGUCUCGAGUGCACCUCUCG